AUUUUUACAUUUUCCCUUUUCUUCCUCCAAAAUGCUUCUCUAAAACCCUAGCGCCGUGUUCUCAAACCGUGAACAAAUCAAGCUCUCGUUCACUCCUCCUCUGUUCUUCGUAGUUCAAGCUUUCGUUCGCUGUUAGGAACUCGUUUGGAUUUUGAUUCACUUUAUCCCGUUUGGCUUGUCAAGAAUUUGGAGUGCUCUCGAUUUGUACAAGGAUAGUGUGCAAGGAAAACUUUGGAAAUUAUUAUCAAAGAUGGCAGAUCAAGAUAGAAGUAAAGAAAAAGCUUCCAAAAAUCAUCAUUCUAAACAUCUCAAACGUUCAAAGUUGAAUCAUCCUACUCAAUCUCAUAUUGAGAUAUCUCAAGUAGCACCUCUUUCUAGGACAUUGCAUGAUACACCACUUCAUGAGACAUCACAUGAUGUAACUCGUGUUCCACCUCCUUCUAGUGUGUCUCGUGUCCCCCCUUCUAAUACAUCUCAUGUAGAACCUUCUCAUAACACAUUACAUGUUCCACCACCUUCUAGAUGGUCUCGUGUUCCUCCUUCUAUGACAUCCGGUGUAACACCUCCUCCUAGCACAAGUCAUAUUCCACCUUCUUAUAACAUGUCUCAUGCUGCCGCUUUUAAGAAAUCUCGUGUUCCACCUCCAAUCAAUGUCACACGUCCUCGUGUUGUACCUCCUACUAGGAUAUCUUCUACCACCCCAUCAACUAGUGCAUCUCAUGUAGCACCUCCUACUAGGACAUCUGAUCAUGAUACACCUUCACCUUCAAUAAGAGGGGUAAUAUCACCAUCUAACUCACAACCAUCUCAUUCUGAAGGAGCACACACUCCUAGAUCUAGUGAGACUGCUGUUGCAUCUGAGACACAAAGCAAUAACUGCAAGAGAACUCUAUACCUUGAUGGAAAUGGAUUUUUACCUUCACAUCCUGCUGCUAAAGAGAUUGGAGAUAUCAUCAAAAGUAAUUUUUAUGAAGCAUGGCCCUCAUGGAAAAAGAUUCACAUUGAUAAGAGAGACAUAUGGUUUGCUGCGUUUAAGAAAAGAUUUAAUAUUUGUCCACCCGAUGAUGCAUGGGCUAGAAAGAACUUUGAAAUAAGAGGUGCAGCUGUAAUGAAAAACAAUCUAAACAAGGUUCGUACCACAAUGAAUAGACCAAGAUGGAUUGGUUCGGAUGUGUGGAAUUCAUUGUGCAAUCAAUGGGGAACUCAAGAAUUUAAAAAGAAGAGAAUACAAGCAAAAACAAACAGAGCAUCUGAUUGUGGUGGUUUUGGAGGAUCCCUUCACACAUGUGGCUCUAUCACCUCAUCCCAACAUAGAGCUAAUAUGGUAAAGUUUCUAUGCUUUCAUUUGUGACUUAACAGAAGUAAUUUUUCUAUUAAUUCACACUAUAGUUUUAGAACUAUAAAUGAUUAUUAAGCUUUGGAUAUGUUGAUAAUUUUUCUAUGCUUUCAUUUGUGACUUAUCAUGAAUCUUCCAGUUUUUACGACCACAACAAAGAGGUCUUUUUCAACAAUAAAAAUUAUCAAGACUAAGUUGAGAAACAAUAUGGAUGUUGGGUUUCUAAGAGAUAGAUGACAAUAUAUAUUGAACGAGAUAUUAGUGCAAGCAUUAGUUCUGAGUCUAUUAUUGAUGACUUUAAAUAACUCAAAACGCGUAAAACAUUGUUUUAAGGUACUUUUAAGUCAUGUAAUUUAACUUUUUGAUAAUCAAAUUUAUAUUUAUUUUAACUUAAAUGCUUUAUAUAAGACUAGAAGUCGUGCGAUACACGAAUAUGUUUUAUUUAAAUAUUAUCGAUUAUUAUAAUAAAUAAAAUAUAUUGAUAUGAAUAAUUUUAUACUAGUUUUCUAAUUUAAAAUAUAAGUAAGUUGUGUUUGAUGUUUUAUAGUAUUAUUUAAUUAAUUAAAAUAAAACUAUAUAAAAUAAAUAAAUAAAAUAAAUCACUUGUAAAUAAUAUUAAAUUAAUAAUUGAAAUAAAAAGUCCACCUUCGGAAGCUACAGGUUAGUUGUGUUGUCUUAGUAGAAACUAGAGUCAAAUAAGACAAGAAAGAUUUUAUUAGAAAUAAAUUGGGUUCUAUGUGGAACUAUCUUGAUAAUUACAAAGAUCACGCUAAUGGGAGAGUUUGGAUUCUUUGGAAUCCCCAACAGUGGGAUAUAAAGUUUAUUAGUUCCACUGAUCAGGUGAUUCAUUGUGAAGUUUACUUGAAUAAUGGACAAUUCUCACACUACCUAUCUGUUGUCUAUGCUCAUAAUGUGUUAAGCAAGCGAAGAGAACUUUGGGAGGAGAUUAGAAACAAGAAGGGGGCUUUCCAAGGGCCAUGGAUUAUUAUAGGUGACUUUAACAAUGUGCUGAAAAUAAAUGAUAGAAUUGGAGGGAAUGAAGUUCAUAUGAAUGAGUAUGUUGAGUUAGAGGAAAUGAUGCAGGAUGUAGAACUCACUGAACAUGAGACUGCAGGGAACUUUUACACUUGGUCUAACAAACAAAACUCUAAUGUGAUCUAUUCUAGGAUUGAUCGAGCUGUGUGUAAUACUAUGUGGUACCUAUAGUUUCCUAACAAUGUUCUUGAGGUGCUGAAUCCCUCGAUCUCAGAUCACUCACCUUUGAGACUAAGAUUUGAUUCAAAGGAGAAGAUCCAAAGGAGAACCCCUUAUAGAUUCAAAUUCUUGAAUUGUAGCACUACUGAGCCUGAUUAUGAUGAGGUGAUGACUGCUAGUUGGAAUCAACACAUGAAAGGUACCCCCGGCGCAAGAUUUGGUACAAAUUGAAACGGCUGCAACAUGUAUUGAGUAAGAUGAAUAGAAAAAUAACUGAUGAGAUGAAAAAAUUGCAGACUAGCAGAAACGAGCUUGAUGAUGUUGUUGCACCCCAAAAUUUGCCCUCUUCUCUGUGCUAUAAGUUAUGAAAAGACGUUUAUUUCGUCAAUCAAAAUUUGAAGGAAAAUAAUAAAAGAGUUCCUCUGUGGUUCCAGACAUGUCCUUCAUCUCAAUACUUAUGAUGCAAGUUACUUGAUCAAAGUUUGGAUAGGAUGUUCAUUAAAGUUAACUUGAAGAUCGAUGACUUGAAUUACAAAAGUUUGGAUGUUUGGUUGAAUUUCGUAGCAUACAAGUUGUCAUGGCUCCAAGACGUCCAUUAAAAUGUGUUUAAAUCCUCUUACUCAAAGAUCAUUUUCAAGGCAUAAUGUGAUACAAGUUAAUUUGGUUUGGAGAUUGAAUUAGAAGUUCAUUAAAAAAUGCAAGUUGAUCGGGAUUUGAAGUUUGAUUCGAUUGAUUCCAUAAAUUCAAUUUAAGUUCAAGAUUAAUUGAUUGGAUCAAAGGUUUUAAGCAUUUGAUUGGUCAUAGAAUUGAUUCAAGUUGGAAGAUUCAUAUGGAUUUUGGAACACCAAAUUUAAAGGUUCUUCAUUACUCCCAUUCAAAGGUCCAUACAACCAUCAUUAUAUAAAAUUCUACAAAGUCCAAAAAUCCAUUCAUUACAAAAGUCCAGCCCAUUUACAAAACCAUACAAAAAAUUACAUCAAAAUUGUCCCCAAGUCCAUGUGUUAAUCUUCGUGCUAUGCCUCCAAUUCUUGGCCACCUUCAAGUUACCAAGAUCGGUUCUGCAUAUUAUGAACCAAAUACCUGCAAAAAGAACCGAACCUUGACACAGAGUUACACAAAACCGUUUCGGAAGUAAACCGCAGCAGAAGCAGAAAUGGAACCGCACCAGAAAAGGAGAAAAAGAUUUUGAUAACAGACUCGGAAAAGAAAACAGAAAGUUCAGAACAGAAAUUGAAAGGAGAAAAAUGUAACAGAAAAGAGAGAAACCUGUAACAAACUUCUAUCGAUCGAGGAACCAUCAUCAAUCUUCAUCCAUCUCCUUCACCGAAUUCAUAGCACAACCACGAAUUCCUCAUCCAUCUUCUUCAUUUUCACCAUCAGUUUCCAACAAUCUCACAACAUAAUCAUCUUCAUCACACUUCAAUUCAACCACCGAACCUCUUGAAUUUCUCUCUUCGUUUUCAAUCGUAACAACUUUCUCCAAUUAUCUUCAACCUUUCCCCAAUCUUCAAUACUCUCAAAAACCUUUGAACCGGGUUCAUCAUCUUCAAUUAAUUCUCCAAUAAUCUUCGUUCAUGAAGAACAAGCUUCAAUAGAAAACUACAACACAAACUGAAUCCCCAGAAAUCAUCCUCCACACUUCAAUUCUUGAUUUCGAUUCAUCGCACAUCUACACAUCACAGAAUCGAUCUUCUUACAUGCUUCUUCAAUCAACUUCAUCGCGCACAACUUUGACAUUGUAAACAUCAGAUCUUCGCAUCACUUCCGCCACAAGAACCACAACACCGAGUCACAGCACCAUCACCUUCAACGCGGUCCAUUUCACAAUACGCGGCAACUUGCAUCCAUCAGCAUCACAAAUCGUAUCUACGAAUCCGCAUCUGCAUACAACAACAUCGCAUCAAAAAUCAGAGAGUGAGAGAGAUUCGAGAUCGAUAGCAGAAAGAGAUUGAGGACUGAGUUGAGAUUCGGGGAGAGAGACGGAGAGUGAUACGAGGGCGGUGAGGUCUUGGUGCCGUUCGCGGUGGCGCGAGAGGAUCUUCGCCGGAGAUUGAAGGAGUUUCUCCGACGCCGUUCGCGGCCAUGAGUGAAGAGAGGAAAAAGAGCUGAUGCGUCACACUUGUAAACCUAAUUUCCCUCUUUUUAUUUUGAUUAAGUGAUUGGAUUAUGAUUAAUGUGCAUGAUUAAUGUUAAUCUGAUUACUACAUGGAAAUUGAUUAUCAAAAAAUUUGAUGAUGGAUCAAGCUCCUUGGGCUAUCACCGAAUUACUGUUCAUGCACACUAUAGGCCCGUGUCACCCUCCUUGUUUGAUGCAAAACUGAACAAAAACAAUCUUUGUUGGGCUUCACCCUAGGCCUGCUGCGCCCUUACUCCUUCACUCAGCAUUAAACCCCCUUUUGUACAUGAUUUUACAUUAGAUUUGAUUGUUUUAACUAGUUUGCUUCAUAUUUCUUGUAGGUAACAAAAAGACAUAAAAUGCUAAACCAUUGUAGUUUUGUUUAACUUUUGCAUGGUAAAAAAUGAAUAAAAACACGUAAUCUUUGCUUGUUAGAAUUUAAAUGUUUUUGUACAUAGUUUUAUUCUGAUUCUUGAUAAAAAUGUCACAAAAAACAAUUUAAUCUUGUUAGAUUUUUGUUUAGGAUUUACUUAGAAUUUAAUUUCUAUUAUCUUCUAUGGCGGGUGCGUGCCUCCUUGUUAUUACUGAUUUGUUUGUUGAGAUGUGCGAGGUACUUCGAGAGAGCCUUUGAUUGCUAUUCGACUUGCUUUGUGUUCCACUUUAUUUGUGGGACACGAAUUCGCUUCCGGUGCGAUUGAUUUGCAUCGUGUUCCACUUUAUUUGUGGGACACGAACUUAUUCUUGAUCUCUCAUCCAUGAGAUGUAUUCCUGUAUUGUCUGGAUUAUAUGUCUUGCAGGUUGCUUGUGUGGUUGUGUUUGAUAUGCACCACAUAGCGGUUGUGAUUUAUUUUCACGCCGCAUCGCUUUGACGCUUAUGCUGGACUCCUGGCUUUGCUGGAUGUAAGAUUACGUGAAGUUUCUUAGUUCUGCUUGCGUUGCUAGCUCACUGCGGAUUUGCUAUCCGCUCGGUAUCUCCUCCGUCCCUUUUACUCUUUCACGCACCAUACGAUGCCAUGAGAAGUAGGGUAGGCAUGCAGCAUCAUAUUUGCCAUGAGAAGUAGGACCUAGGCAUUCAUCUGGCCAAGCCCUCGAAAGAGGCUCUGUUUUUGUUUGUUUACUGUUUUCAGUUUAUUUCCAGUUAUUUUCUUGUUCAACCGUCUCGGAGGACUUUCCCCGUGGACGGUGGCUUCGGAGGACUUUCCCCGUUAGCUAGAACGGUUAUUUUUUGUCUUGUUCACCCGUCUCGGAGGACUUUCCCCGUGGACGGUGACUUCGGAGGACUUUCCCCGUUAGCUAGAACGUUUAUUUUCAGCUAUUUGCUUGUUCAACCGUCUCGGAGGACUUUCCCCGUGGACGGUGGCUUCAGAGGACUUUCCCCGUUAGCUAGAACGUCUCCCUAGUUCCCAGGUCACUACUUCGGUAGUUUGCUUGCUUUACGAGCUGAGCUCGUUUGUGUGUUGCAUUUGCAUUGUUUACUACUUCGGUAGUUUGUUUGUUUCUCGAGCGGAGCUCGAAUGUAUGCCUUAUGGUUGUGAUGCUUGUUCACUAUCUUUGUAUCUGCUAUGCCUGUUAGUAUGAUAUCUCUGUGAUGUUUGUUCACUAUCUUCUUAUCUGCGAUGCCUGUUCGUAUGAUAUCUUUGUGAUGCUUGUUCACACUUGCACAUGUAUGCCUGUUACGUGUUGUUUGCGAUGCCUGUUCGCAUUAUCACUUGUGAUGCCUGUUCACACACUCACAUUCGUGUAUGCCUGUUACACGUCUGUUUUUGUUUGCGAUGCCUGUUCGCAUGUCCUUAUUUGUGAUGCCUGUUCACAUGUCAUGUUUGCUAGGAUCUUUGUGACGCUCCUUGUUUGCAUGCUCCCUUAGGGUGCUCGGUUCCGUUUCUCUAGGAGACGCGAAUCGAGAUAGAAACAGAAACUUUUUGGCCGAACUACGGCGCUCUGAUUUCUCCAUUGCACAUUGGAGGUACGUAGGCAUAGGGUACGAACACCCUAGCGAGCGAACUUUUCUCUUUUUCUUUAUUUUGUUCGAACUUUUCUCUUUUUCUUUAUUUUGUUCGAUCUUUUCUCUUUUCCUUUAUUUUGUUCGGCCUUUUCUUCUUAUCUUAUUUUCCUAUUAUUUGCAUGUUUCCUCUUAUUUGUAUAUCUUUCAUUGCAUGUUUCCUUUUACACAUAGCAUGAUGCACACACACACACCCUUAGAUUUAGAAAGCUAGCAAGAAUGGAUCCUGUGGAGUACCACAGACAUGAGGGGUGCUAAUACCUUCCCCUCACGUAACAGACACCCUUACCCUUUCUCUGAGACCAUUGCUUGUUAUUUUGGUUUUCUUCGAUAUUUUCCAUUCCUUAUUGUAGGAUAAAUAGAUGUUCGAUGGCGACUUCAUUGUAUUUGUUUCGAUGAGUUUUCCAGUUGCUUCAGCUGGCGACUUCACUGGGGACUAUCCGAGUGUCGUUCCUAGUUCUUGCUUGAUUUCCUUUCUGUGGGUGUUUGUGUGUUUACGGUUAUCAUCAUUGUAUAUACUGCUUGCAUGCAUUUGCAUUUAUGUGUUUACCGCUUUCUUUUCUGUGGUUGUUUGUGUGUUUAUUACUCGCAUCAUUUGUAUAUAUUGCUUGCAUGCAUUUGCAUCUAUGUGUUUACUGCUUUCCAUAUUCUGGAUAUAGUGCUGUGCUGGCUGGUUGUUUUUCUUGGCGGGCGGGAUGUUACUGUGAGGUAAAAGGUCCAUUACCCAGACCAAGUAUACCUUAGAUUAGCGUGGAUAGUUAUGUUGGCUCUCGUGGCGCUUGGCACGUAGAGUUAGCAUAACAUACCACAACCAGGAGAGAACUCGGUGAGGCGAUCUCUGUCCGGCAUGCUUAUUGCCGUAGGCAGGCGCUCUCAUUGUUUGUUCGAAAUUCCUGGCGACCAUUAGGGACAUCCUGUGUGUGUUUAGGAUUCCUACAUGUGAGGUUUUGGGAUGGGACAGGAAACCUUGGCACCUACAUACCAUUUACUUCUUCAGAUUCGAGGUCGGACCUUUAUUUGGUCUGUUCUCAUUAUGCUCGAUAUCUUGGUAUUGUGAAACGACGGCGGAGCUUUGAUCCUGUUACUUUUGGUUCUAUUCAGACGUGGUAUAACAUGAGUGGUUCUAUCAACGGUUAAUUGGUUCUUGUUGUUCUGAAACUACGCCAAACCUUUGAACAUAUGCAGUGUGACUUUGCGGCAGUGCAACUGUAUCCAGUAUUGUGGUUCCCAUCAUUUUGCAUCAUUGCAUAUUUACUUUUAAGAAAAUGAUGUACAAAAAAAUAAACAACAUACAUGUUCCUUUCAUUUCCAAUGAAUCAUAUCUUUAAGCCUCGUGUCGAGCCUUUCCAUCUCUUAUUUGCUUAAAAAUCGAAACACGAGGAUUCCUUGGAAAUUGAAUGAACAUGGCAUUGCAUUCAUAUCAUGCAUCUCAUACAUUUCACGCAUAACAGGUGUUCAAGCUCGAGGAUCUCUUAUUCAGACUUGAUACUCUCUUCAGGCUCGCACACUUGACUUGUUAGUGUUGUGAGCUCAAAGAUUGGUCAUGGAACAACUUUGUGGGGAUUUUAUCCAAGGUGAAAGCUCAGUUAGGUUUCCUUUUGAAGACAGGUCUUAUUCUCAUUUGCUUCCACGGUUGCUUUAUUUGCAACUGGUUAAGCUCUGUACGGUGUGGAUAUCUACAAAUUCUCUGCUUGAGAACGAUGAAACUAGGUGUGAAUUCUAUCUUGAGGCACCUGGUCGUGAUGUUAGUAUCUAUAAGUCUUUGAAAUUGCUUGGGGCUCCCGCACGAGGGAUAAGCAAGACAUUGUCAAUCUUGAGCAUUGCACCAUUUGCAUUGCUCGAAUCCCUAAAGCAUUACAAAUUUCGUGUGACUUCGCCAGAAUCUUCUGCCAAACAAUAAUCAAGAGUGAUCUGCAAAGGCACACCUCUCAUUCUCAAGGUUCUGCUUUACAUCCCGAGUCACCUCCUCUCUUGGAGUUUCCUUGUCAGUAUCCUUUGCUUGUCAACAGAAAUGGAAAGAGUAAGAAUCAAGCUGAUGUACUCCCAGUGCCUUGUAUUUGAGUUACUUCCUUGUUUGUUGGAAUUUAAGUUGGUUGCUUUAGAUCUUCCUCACCACAUAUAGCUCUCCUGAUCUCAAUGACAACACUCAGUGUUUUCUAUUUUGGGGCACCCGAUCAUAAUGCCAAGCCUUACAAGGUGUUGAGGUGCAAAGAGUCCAGAACUUGCUCGAUACGGAGAUGUUUGAGUUUAUUCAUAAUGGUUUCUACUGAUCAAUUCCAUUUCAUAUGCCGCAAGUAGAAUGUUUGUUCUUCCUCGAGGAGUAGCGCACGAGAAUCACGUGCAACCUGUACUACCAGAGGCUUCCCUCCCAACAACUGUUGUGUGUUCCAAGUAAUCAGUUUGAUAGCCAAGUGUCAGAUGCUAUUGUUGUUCGCCGAUAGCAACACAAAGUUCCUCCAUUCAUGAUGGUGAUUGCUGAUCCAACGGCUAUAUUUAGGGCUCCCGACCGAGGGAUAAGCAAGACUCCGUGUUCUUGAGUUCGCAUCAUUGGCAGCUCAAAUCCCUAAAGCAUUCACAAACUCCCGUCGCUAUUUUUUGGGGCUCCCGACCGAGGGAUAAGCAAGACGCCUUGUAUCUUGAGUUUGUGCACCACUGACACAACUCAAAUCCCUAUAAGCUGGACAUUUGCAACUUCUGCAUGACUUUGCCAAAAUCUUCUUCCAGGAAGUGAUCUAAAGUGUUCUGACGUAGUGCUUGGUGUGCUUUCCACUCUGGAGGCACUUGGUCAUCUGAUUGAAGGUUGUCAGUCAUUCAGAGACAAGGUUCAAGACCUGAUUGACAUUGAGGCUAUUACAUGCACUCUUGAGGGCCAAAAUUGAAGUUCUCCUUUGACUCAACGGAUCUUCCGAAGCAAUAAGUCCAUACGGAGAGAAUCUCCUCAACGUUGGCAAUUCCUAAUUCAUCAUGCAUGUUCAUGUUUAAGCUUUCUUGUUUUGUUCAAUAUUGUUGCAUGCAAAACUUGUUUAUUUUUGAACUAUAAUCAUAAUGCAUUGGAUAUGUUUGUCUUGAAAAAAAUCCAUUCGCUUUUUCUCUUAUAUGUUUCUCUGUGCUUUUUGUGAUACCCAACUCUUGUUAACAAAGCAUGAUAACUCCGAAGGGAGGAUGAUGAACAUAAUACCAAGAACCUCAAAUGGUAUGCUUUUGAGUAGAACCCUGUUGAUGAUGUACAGGCAUUGUUUCAAAUUCCCAAACACUGGAGAUAUAAGGGAGACAGACCCUCGAUAACCCCUCUGAGCCUUCGAAGUAGGAGUUUCUUUUCUCAAAAUAAAAAACCCUCACAUUUAACCCAGGGGCGGGUAGUAUUCAGUUAACCUGAUCGAGCAUUCAAAAUUCAUCAGGAGCAUGCAUCUAAGGAUACAACAAUGGCUAUCUUUCAAAAUAUUGAGGAAAGUCAAAUCCACAAUGAUUAUCCCUCACCUCAGGAGGUCGAGACAUCAAAUUUAUCCCUCACAUCAGGAGGUCGAGACCAAGAUCAAAGUCGUUGUGGUUUAUCCCUCACAUCAGGAGGUCAAAAUAUGACGAUACCACAAUGGUAAUUCCUCAUCAAUCAAGGACUCAGGCAGUCACAAUCUCUUCCAACAAAUCUGAGACUUAGGAUUACACGACUUGUUCAAAAAAAAAGAGUGAAAUAAAAAAGAAAAAAAGCCCGCUAAGUCAAAUAGUUGAAAGCACGUGACUUAGGCAAAAAUUAGGGCAUCCCGCUGGACCUCCAAAUCAAAAUUCAAAAGAAUUUGUCCAGGCAAAAAUUAGGGAAACAAAAAAGAAAAGCAAAGCAAAAGAGAAAAAACAAGGAUUAAAAAAUAAGAAUCCUCGCCAAAGAACAAAGUUGUGUGAUCGGACACCAAAGCCAAAGGUAAAGUGACUGCCAUGUCUAAAGACCUCAUUGACUCCUCAAUCAUUUCCAAACUCCUCUUGAAAGAUGAAUGCUCGCAUCAAGUUAACUGAACUUAGGACUGGAGAACAUCAUGAAGGGGGUGGGCACCAAAUAAUUUGAGCCUAAAAAUCUUUUUUUUUCUCAAACCGUGAACUUGGCCACGUUACAACCCUUGAAAGUCCUAAUUGAAGCAGGGUUAAUUCAAAAGCAUAAUGUACAUGAGAAUACGGUAAGCUGACUCCUAGGAGAUCCGCUAAGCGCUUGAGUUGGUAUCACACCAUCUUUCUUUCUUAAAAACUCGAUGUUACGACAUCCUUUCAAAAAGUUUCUUUAAACUUCAAGACAAACAUACUCUUUGCAUUAGAAUUAUAUUUCUCAUAAUAAACAUUCUUUGCAUAUGAACAAGUGCUUGACAUCAAGAAAGUUUCCAUCAUGAACUUCAGAUAAAAAGUGUAUUCCUCCCGAAGGACAAAUUGUCUUCAGAACUCCGUUGAGCAGAGGAAGCAAUAUUUCAAAGUUUGAUCACCCUAACGGGCACAUAAGCACUUGAAUACUCUAUCGAGUAAGUUUUCAAUCAAUGUGGGGCAAUCAGGUCAAGAUUUGAAGAAUCUCUCAAAGUUUUGAGUAAUCAGGGGCAUUCACUCAAGCACAGUCGAAGUUACCUCCAAUACAGAUCAGGCAGGGGCAUGGUGCCAAAAUUCUUGAUACUGGGGCAAGUCAGUUUGAUAUUUACAAAAGGUACUUACGAGACUAAUCUCUUCAAAGUCCUUACAGGCUGGGGCAAGGCACUAUGCAUUGACAUUCUAUCCUCAUCAGGAAGUGUUCAGUUUUAAGUUCAGGUGUGAGCUAAACAACUUAUGAACUCGAAGGCUGUUGAAAGUCAGGGUCGUCAUCCUCAGCAGCUAAAAGCUGAAAGCCCAAUACUUGUUGGCAUCCUUACAAUCAAUGUGAAUCUGCAGAAUUCUUUGAAAGCCAACGUCUGUUUGGUCCCUUUGAAGUCAACACUUGCUUGACCUCUUAAGCCAACUUCUUGGUUGCAUCUCUUGGAGAAUCAAUGCAUGUUUGAUGCUCCAGCCGAUACUUGUUUGGCGUUCUAAUCACUACUUUCCUGUCAACUCAGUGAAUCCAUUACUUGUUUGGAAAGUUUCAAAGCUCAGUUGUCCGACAAGCUUUUGCUCUUGCAUUUGCAUGUUGUGAGUGGGCAUCACCAUCCUCUGGCUUAUGAGGAAACCUUGUGAAGAUGUCAUGCUAUAUCCUGGGGCAUUUUCAUCUGUAUAUCUCGCAGGUACAUUCUUUCGAGUACACCAUGUCAGCGCGUUGGUGGAUCUAGCCAAAUGAGAGAUUCUCACUCCCCAGCUGAGUACAUUCAGAUGAGACUUUCCUUGUUCCAAGAUUCUCAUAUCCUCAGUAAAGUGCAUUUCGAUGCAAUUCCCGUGCUUCAGAAGCCUUAUUCCCGGCGGAAUACUUUCUCCCCAGUUGAAUCAUGAUGAAUGGUAUCUGAUUCCUUAGCAAACUCUUAAUGAGGUUCCUUGCCCGAAUGCCUCAUUUUCCCCAGUAGAGCGCUUCUCUCUCCAACAGAUUUACCUGUUUCCCCAGGAGAGUCAUCUUGUUCCCCAGUGGAGUUGUCUUAACAAAAGGUUCUUAUGCUAAGUUCCUUAUCCCCAGCGGGUUUCUUAUCUCCUCAGUGGAGCAUUAUGCAGAAGUAUCCAUCUUCCCCAAGGAGUCUUUCCUCAGCAGAGUUUCACUUGCAUCCUCACCAGAAUCUGUUCUCCGGCAAGGAUUUCCCCAGCGGAGUGCGUCCUACACGAGCAAGUUGGUCACUCCCCAUCAAAGUUGUCUCCAUGACUUGCCUUUAUCUCCUCAUCCCCAGUGUGUCGAGAAUUUGCUUCUCCAAUGAAGUUGUCAGGGUAUUCCCCAAGCGGUCAAUUAUGAUAUUCAUAUCUUCAAGCAAGAUUUACUCCCCAACCAGAGCUCGCGUCCAGACUUGAUCGUCUCCAGCAGAUUUCUGACCCAUCUUUGCCAGCUCGUAGUUGUGACUUGUGGUCACUCAUCUUGUCCUCCCCGCAGAGUUCCAUAAUCUCUCCAGGAGUUCUUCAGCAAUUCAGUGCUCAUCCGUUGUUUCCCCAAGCAGUGUUCGAAUCAUGCAUCAUUUGCAUAGCAUUCUCAAAAGCGUAGAGCGUCUGCCUUCUUGGGAACGUUAUUCCAUAAACAUUCAUACAUGCAUCAUGCAUAAAUCAUAUCAUAUCUGUUUCUUUCUGCAGGAAAGUUUAUCCAGGUUCAAAUGCUCCCCAGAGAGAAAUAUUCGCCUAAUCAUUACGAGCGUUAUCCUGAUAUUGAGAUCAGAAGAGGAUUGUCAAUUCAUCCAUUGAAGACAUUCCAUUCCCGGCGUACACAGUUCGGAAGAGAUAUUUGUUCCUAUCCUAGUAUCCAGAUUAGUUGAAGGAAUCGCCUCCGGAUCUCCCAAGAUCUUCCUAAGGAGCUAGCCCACUGAUGCCUCAGAUCAGUCGGAGAUAUCUCCUGAUGAUUUAAUUCAUCAGAAGAGGACUGUCUAUUAUUCCUGAUAUCGCCAGGUCAGUUGAAGACACUCCUAUUCCCGAUGUCCCCAGAUCGGUUGAGGAUAUUUGUUCUUAUCCUAAAAUUCAGUUUAGUUGAAAGAACCGCCUCCGGAUCUCUAAGAUCUUCCGAAGGAGCAAGCCCUCUGAUGCCCCAGAUCAGUCGGAAAAUAUCCAUUCCCUGACGAUUUAGUUCGUUCAGAAGAAGAUAUGUCUGCUCAGUCCUGAUGUCCCUAGAUCAGUUGAAGACAAUCUUGAUUCCCGAUGUCCCCAGAUCGGUUGAGGAGGUCCAUUUUCUUCCUGAUGCCCCCAGAUCAGUAGAAGGCACAAUCCUGAUGUUUCCGAUCAGUUGAGGACUUCCACCCACCUGACGAUUUAUUUUCGUCGGAAGAAGACUUGCUUGCUCAGUCCUGAUGUCCCCAGAUCAGUUGAAAGCAUUCUUUAAAAUUCCCGAUGCCCCCAGAUCGGUUGAGGAUAUCCAUUUUCUUCCUGAUGUCCCCAGAUCAGUAGAAGGCACAAUUCUGAUGUUUCCGAUCAGUUGAGGAUAUCCACCCACCUGACGAUUUACUUUCGCCAGAAGAAGAUAUGUCUGCUCAGUCCUGAUGUCCCCAGAUUAGUUGAAGACAUUCUUAUUUCCGAUAUUCAGAUCGGCCAAAGACAUCUAUUUCGUUUUGAUACACAGAUCAACCGAAGAUGUCGACCUUCUCUUGGUGCCCAGACCAAUUGAAGUUUUUCCCUCAGCAAUGGGGUUGCCCGUUCCUUCUUAUCACAAGUUGGAGCAUAUUUAAUUGUCCAGAUCAAUUGAAGUUUUUUCUCCCUGCUUGCGGGGUGGUACAUUCCUUCUUAUUGCAAGACGGAAUCUUCUAUUGAUCAAGAGCGCAAAUUUUCGAGUUCAUUCUGGUAUUCAAUCUCCUUCCACCUCAACGGUUCGAAACUUUCGUUUCUCACUCGCCAGGUUCAAGAAGUUUGAAUAGGGGCAGCUGUUGCACCCCAAAAUUUGCCCUCUUCUCUGUGCUAUAAGUUAUGAAAAGACGUUUAUUUCGUCAAUCAAAAUUUGAAGGAAAAUAAUAAAAGAGUUCCUCUGUGGUUCCAGACAUGUCCUUCAUCUCAAUACUUAUGAUGCAAGUUACUUGAUCAAAGUUUGGAUAGGAUGUUCAUUAAAGUUAACUUGAAGAUCGAUGACUUGAAUUACAAAAGUUUGGAUGUUUGGUUGAAUUUCGUAGCAUACAAGUUGUCAUGGCUCCAAGACGUCCAUUAAAAUGUGUUUAAAUCCUCUUACUCAAAGAUCAUUUUCAAGGCAUAAUGUGAUACAAGUUAAUUUGGUUUGGAGAUUGAAUUAGAAGUUCAUUAAAAAAUGCAAGUUGAUCGGGAUUUGAAGUUUGAUUCGAUUGAUUCCAUAAAUUCAAUUUAAGUUCAAGAUUAAUUGAUUGGAUCAAAGGUUUUAAGCAUUUGAUUGGUCAUAGAAUUGAUUCAAGUUGGAAGAUUCAUAUGGAUUUUGGAACACCAAAUUUAAAGGUUCUUCAUUACUCCCAUUCAAAGGUCCAUACAACCAUCAUUAUAUAAAAUUCUACAAAGUCCAAAAAUCCAUUCAUUACAAAAGUCCAGCCCAUUUACAAAACCAUACAAAAAAUUACAUCAAAAUUGUCCCCAAGUCCAUGUGUUAAUCUUCGUGCUAUGCCUCCAAUUCUUGGCCACCUUCAAGUUACCAAGAUCGGUUCUGCAUAUUAUGAACCAAAUACCUGCAAAAAGAACCGAACCUUGACACAGAGUUACACAAAACCGUUUCGGAAGUAAACCGCAGCAGAAGCAGAAAUGGAACCGCACCAGAAAAGGAGAAAAAGAUUUUGAUAACAGACUCGGAAAAGAAAACAGAAAGUUCAGAACAGAAAUUGAAAGGAGAAAAAUGUAACAGAAAAGAGAGAAACCUGUAACAAACUUCUAUCGAUCGAGGAACCAUCAUCAAUCUUCAUCCAUCUCCUUCACCGAAUUCAUAGCACAACCACGAAUUCCUCAUCCAUCUUCUUCAUUUUCACCAUCAGUUUCCAACAAUCUCACAACAUAAUCAUCUUCAUCACACUUCAAUUCAACCACCGAACCUCUUGAAUUUCUCUCUUCGUUUUCAAUCGUAACAACUUUCUCCAAUUAUCUUCAACCUUUCCCCAAUCUUCAAUACUCUCAAAAACCUUUGAACCGGGUUCAUCAUCUUCAAUUAAUUCUCCAAUAAUCUUCGUUCAUGAAGAACAAGCUUCAAUAGAAAACUACAACACAAACUGAAUCCCCAGAAAUCAUCCUCCACACUUCAAUUCUUGAUUUCGAUUCAUCGCACAUCUACACAUCACAGAAUCGAUCUUCUUACAUGCUUCUUCAAUCAACUUCAUCGCGCACAACUUUGACAUUGUAAACAUCAGAUCUUCGCAUCACUUCCGCCACAAGAACCACAACACCGAGUCACAGCACCAUCACCUUCAACGCGGUCCAUUUCACAAUACGCAACAAUACGCGGCAACUUGCAUCCAUCAGCAUCACAAAUCGUAUCUACGAAUCCGCAUCUGCAUACAACAACAUCGCAUCAAAAAUCAGAGAGUGAGAGAGAUUCGAGAUCGAUAGCAGAAAGAGAUUGAGGACUGAGUUGAGAUUCGGGGAGAGAGACGGAGAGUGAUACGAGGGCGGUGAGGUCUUGGUGCCGUUCGCGGUGGCGCGAGAGGAUCUUCGCCGGAGAUUGAAGGAGUUUCUCCGACGCCGUUCGCGGCCAUGAGUGAAGAGAGGAAAAAGAGCUGAUGCGUCACACUUGUAAACCUAAUUUCCCUCUUUUUAUUUUGAUUAAGUGAUUGGAUUAUGAUUAAUGUGCAUGAUUAAUGUUAAUCUGAUUACUACAUGGAAAUUGAUUAUCAAAAAAUUUGAUGAUGGAUCAAGCUCCUUGGGCUAUCACCGAAUUACUGUUCAUGCACACUAUAGGCCCGUGUCACCCUCCUUGUUUGAUGCAAAACUGAACAAAAACAAUCUUUGUUGGGCUUCACCCUAGGCCUGCUGCGCCCUUACUCCUUCACUCAGCAUUAAACCCCCUUUUGUACAUGAUUUUACAUUAGAUUUGAUUGUUUUAACUAGUUUGCUUCAUAUUUCUUGUAGGUAACAAAAAGACAUAAAAUGCUAAACCAUUGUAGUUUUGUUUAACUUUUGCAUGGUAAAAAAUGAAUAAAAACACGUAAUCUUUGCUUGUUAGAAUUUAAAUGUUUUUGUACAUAGUUUUAUUCUGAUUCUUGAUAAAAAUGUCACAAAAAACAAUUUAAUCUUGUUAGAUUUUUGUUUAGGAUUUACUUAGAAUUUAAUUUCUAUUAUCUUCUAUGGCGGGUGCGUGCCUCCUUGUUAUUACUGAUUUGUUUGUUGAGAUGUGCGAGGUACUUCGAGAGAGCCUUUGAUUGCUAUUCGACUUGCUUUGUGUUCCACUUUAUUUGUGGGACACGAAUUCGCUUCCGGUGCGAUUGAUUUGCAUCGUGUUCCACUUUAUUUGUGGGACACGAACUUAUUCUUGAUCUCUCAUCCAUGAGAUGUAUUCCUGUAUUGUCUGGAUUAUAUGUCUUGCAGGUUGCUUGUGUGGUUGUGUUUGAUAUGCACCACAUAGCGGUUGUGAUUUAUUUUCACGCCGCAUCGCUUUGACGCUUAUGCUGGACUCCUGGCUUUGCUGGAUGUAAGAUUACGUGAAGUUUCUUAGUUCUGCUUGCGUUGCUAGCUCACUGCGGAUUUGCUAUCCGCUCGGUAUCUCCUCCGUCCCUUUUACUCUUUCACGCACCAUACGAUGCCAUGAGAAGUAGGGUAGGCAUGCAGCAUCAUAUUUGCCAUGAGAAGUAGGACCUAGGCAUUCAUCUGGCCAAGCCCUCGAAAGAGGCUCUAUUUUUGUUUGUUUACUGUUUUCAGUUUAUUUCCAGUUAUUUUCUUGUUCAACCGUCUCGGAGGACUUUCCCCGUGGACGGUGGCUUCGGAGGACUUUCCCCGUUAGCUAGAACGGUUAUUUUUUGUCUUGUUCACCCGUCUCGGAGGACUUUCCCCGUGGACGGUGGCUUCGGAGGACUUUCCCCGUUAGCUAGAACGUUUAUUUUCAGCUAUUUGCUUGUUCAACCGUCUCGGAGGACUUUCCCCGUGGACGGUGGCUUCAGAGGACUUUCCCCGUUAGCUAGAACGUCUCCCUAGUUCCCAGGUCACUACUUCGGUAGUUUGCUUGCUUUACGAGCUGAGCUCGUUUGUGUGUUGCAUUUGCAUUGUUUACUACUUCGGUAGUUUGUUUGUUUCUCGAGCGGAGCUCGAAUGUAUGCCUUAUGGUUGUGAUGCUUGUUCACUAUCUUUGUAUCUGCUAUGCCUGUUAGUAUGAUAUCUCUGUGAUGUUUGUUCACUAUCUUCUUAUCUGCGAUGCCUGUUCGUAUGAUAUCUUUGUGAUGCUUGUUCACACUUGCACAUGUAUGCCUGUUACGUGUUGUUUGCGAUGCCUGUUCGCAUUAUCACUUGUGAUGCCUGUUCACACACUCACAUUCGUGUAUGCCUGUUACACGUCUGUUUUUGUUUGUGAUGCCUGUUCGCAUGUCCUUAUUUGUGAUGCCUGUUCACAUGUCAUGUUUGCUAGGAUCUUUGUGACGCUCCUUGUUUGCAUGCUCCCUUAGGGUGCUCGGUUCCGUUUCUCUAGGAGACGCGAAUCGAGAUAGAAACAGAAACUUUUUGGCCGAACUACGGCGCUCUGAUUUCUCCAUUGCACAUUGGAGGUACGUAGGCAUAGGGUACGAACACCCUAGCGAGCGAACUUUUCUCUUUUUCUUUAUUUUGUUCGAACUUUUCUCUUUUUCUUUAUUUUGUUCGAUCUUUUCUCUUUUCCUUUAUUUUGUUCGGCCUUUUCUUCUUAUCUUAUUUUCCUAUUAUUUGCAUGUUUCCUCUUAUUUGUAUAUCUUUCAUUGCAUGUUUCCUUUUACACAUAGCAUGAUGCACACACACACACCCUUAGAUUUAGAAAGCUAGCAAGAAUGGAUCCUGUGGAGUACCACAGACAUGAGGGGUGCUAAUACCUUCCCCUCACGUAACAGACACCCUUACCCUUUCUCUGAGACCAUUGCUUGUUAUUUUGGUUUUCUUCGAUAUUUUCCAUUCCUUAUUGUAGGAUAAAUAGAUGUUCGAUGGCGACUUCAUUGUAUUUGUUUCGAUGAGUUUUCCAGUUGCUUCAGAUGUUCAAACCAAACUUAAUCAAGAUUUGUUUAAUCAGAAGCUUAUACAGGGGAGCAAUGAAUUAAUUGAUGAGAUUGAGUCUAAGAACGAGUUAGAGGAAAAGAUUCUGAUGCAAAAAUUAAAAAUUGACUGGCUCCAGCUUGGGGAUGGAAACAACAAGUACUUCUUUGCCGAUUUAAAGGAGAAAAACAGACAAAAAAAUCUAUCCAGGCUUGAAGAUAGUGCAGGCACCUAUUUAGAGAAACCUGAGGAUAUUGAAAGGGAGAUCUUGGCUUGCUAUGGGGAGUUAGUGGGCAAGGCUGCUAGCAAUCUAACUCAUGUGAACAUUGAAGUCCUGAGAAAUGGGAAGCAACUGUCUAAAGAGAGUGCAGAUAGCCUUACUAAGGGUGUGUCAGAAGAUGAAAUUGCUCAAGCUUUAAAAAGCAUUAAUGAUCAUAAGGACCUGGUGAUGAUGGCUACAGUGCCAAAUUCUUCAAAAGUAGCUGGCAGGUUGUUAAAAGAGAUGUAAUACAAGGUGUUCAAGAAUUCUAUAUUCAGAAAAGAUUAUUACCUGUUAUGAACUGUUCCUUAGUGACUCUUAUCCCAAAAUCAAGAGAAGCCAAAAUAGUGAAAGAGAUUGGACCUAUAGCUUGUUGUUUCACCUUAUACAAGAUCAUAUCCAAAUAAC